AAUGAAAGGGAUGAGUGGAACUAUAGGGAGGAUUAUUGAGAAUUUCAGUGUAUGGUUUAGGCUACAUGGGAUGAAUUUGACUAAGGGUAGGAAGAUUAUACACACUCAUGAUGAUAUAGGGAGGUUAUUGGAGACAAAAGAUGGGUCUAACAGGGUGAUUUUGUACAUUAUUGAGGAAUCCAAACCAGCUUUUAUUGGCCCAUCUGUUACCUACCAAACUGCCAACUUUAAACCACCAAGACCACUGAAACAAGCUACACAAAGCAAUCCUUCUGGGCCACAAAGAACACUGACCCAGCCCAUUACAACCAAACCUGCUGGCCCAUCAACAGUGACCCUAAAACAAGUGAAAAUGGAACCACUUCAGUCAAAGUUUUCCCUAGUUAGGAGAAGCCCAAGGCUUGGUUUUGAUCCUGAUGUGAUUUACAUGGGAAAGGGUACAGGGCCAAGUGAGAAUCCAUCCACUGUAAAAGAACCCAACAAAACCCAAUUAAAAAAGCCAAUUGCUUCAGCCACUGUCAAAGCAAGUGUUCCUAAACCUAUUCCCUCAAAUAUAUCUUCAGUUGAUCCUCACACUCCAAGUACAGAACCAACAGAAAUCCCUCCUCAUACCACCACCACUCCCACAAAACCUUCAAAAACACCUCUGCCUGCAAACCCACCUCUUCUUAGUCCAGAUUUGAAGACCUCUACCCCUAGGAGAAAGAGUGUAGCACAGAAGGGGAAAAAGGUCAAAGGAAAAGCAGGAAAAGUAGGGAAGAAAAAGGGGAAAGGAAAGAAAAAGGAUCCUGGGGACUGUUUAUUUGAAAAUGAUGAGUUUGGUGAUUGGUCUGAAAGUGAUUCAGACUUUUCAGAUUUAGAUGUGGAGUUUGAACCAGGGGAAGAGGACAGAAAACAACUAGAGGAGGAUGAGUUGUUCUGUGAGCCAUUGUCUACUGUGUUGAGGGGAAAUAAGAGGGUAGAUAAGGUUGCAGCACCUGAGGUGGAAGAACAAGUGGAUCUAGAACAUGAGGUGGAUUAUGAUUCAGAGGAGCUUAGAAGUCUUUGUGGUUCAGAUGAUGAAGUAGAUCCAUACCCUACCUUUAAUCCAGAGUCAGACUUCAAGAAAAAGAUUGUGCUCAGUUUGGGUUUAAAGUUCCCGAGUGUUCAUGCUGUUAGGAAAGCGAUAAGGUAUCAUUCGAUCGAGAACCACUACGAUUACUACCUUCUUCAUAAUGGAAGGAAGAGGGUGAGUGUGUAUUGUAGGUAUAGAUGUAGUUGUCCAUGGGAUAAAAAGCAUGCAAAGCUUGUAAAGUGUGUGUGUGAUGAUCCACAUAAGUGUAGGUUUAAGAUUCAUGUGAAGAAACUAAGGAUGGAAGAAACGUUUCAGAUCAAGUCUUUAAGGUUAAAGCAUACUUGUGGUGUGGUUCAUUCAAGUUCUAAAAUCACAUCGGAGUGGUUAGCUGAGAAGUAUUUGGAGGAGUGGAGGUCAGAACCAUAUUGGAGGCUUGUUAAGUUUAGGGAAAGGGUUUACAAGGAAACGGGGCUACAUAUUGGAUACUACAAGUCAUGGUUUGCUAGGGCUAGAGCCAAAUUGAUUCUGUAUGGGGAUGCUGCAGAUGAGUAUGCUGUUGUGUAUGACUAUGGGUAUGCAAUUCUUCAAUACAAUCCUGGUUCUUCAGCCUAUGUACAAUGCCAGAUUAGAGACAACCCCACUCCGUUCUUUCAAAGAUUGUACGUCUGUUUUGAGGCUCUCAAAGUGGGUUUUAAGAAUGGAUGUAGGCCCCUGAUUGGAGUAGAUGGUUGUCACCUUAAAGGGGCUCAUCCAGGAAUGAUCUUAGUGGCUGUGAGCAAAGAUGGAAAUAACAAUAUUUUUCCCGUAGCUUGGGCAGUGGUGGAAGUUGAGAAUGCUGACAGUUGGACAUGGUUUCUUGAUUUGCUGAUGAAGGACAUAGGACACCAUGACGGAGAAGGAUUGACUCUUAUGUCUGAUAGGCAAAAGGGACUAUUGGAUGCUAUAUCUGUUGUGAGUUCAAAAGCCGAGGUCAGAUUUUGUGCUAGACACAUAUGGGCUAACUUCAAGAAUAAAUUCAGUGGCACAGCCUAUAAGGACCUGUUUUGGGCAGCAGCAAGAUCAACAACUAAGCAUUGGCAUGAUUCUUACAUGGCUGAAAUCAAAGAGCUAAACGAGGAUGCAUAUAACUACUUGAGUGACAUACCUCCUGUUCAUUGGUGUAGACAUGCAUUUGGAUCGAAUUCUAGGUCUAACAUGUUGCUCAACAACCUUUGUGAGACAUUUAAUGCUGUGAUAAGGGAAGCUAGGGAUAAACCAAUAAUAACCUGCCUAGAUUGGAUUAGGAGGUACGUAAUGAGAAGGAAUGCUGAGAAGUGGGAGGGUAUUCAAAAGUAUGAGGGGAGGUUUAUGCCAUUUGUUGAGAAGGUUUUAGCUUGGGUUUAUGAAGCAUCUUUGAAUUGUAUAGUCUGUCCUUCUAGAUUAGAUGAGUGGGAGGUGGAAACUGCUUUUGAUAGGCAUGUGGUAGAUUUGAAGGAGUUGACAUGCACAUGCUUUAGGUGGGAGUUAACGGGAAUACCAUGUCCACAUGCUUAUGCAUGUAUUGUGAAGAAGAGGUGGAGGCCUGAAGAUUUUGUUCAUGAGUGUUACUCAAAGGCCAAAUACUUAGCAACUUACUCGCCUCAUAUCAAGCCAAUGCCCGGGAUGAAGCAGUGGAAGAAAACAGAUUUGCCUCGACCUUUGCCUCCACUGUUAAGGAAAAUGCCAGGAAGGCCUAAGUCACAUAAGAGAAAGAAAGAAGCAGGUGAGGAUGCUGAGGAGAGGUUUGUGAAGCGAGGGAAAAAGCCGAAUAACUGCUCAAACUGUAAACAACCAGGCCACAACAAGAGAAAGUGCAAUAAUCCACCUGGUGUUAUUCAGCCCAAGGAACCAGGGAGGGAUCCCUCCAAGAACCCAUGGGUUGUUGCUGACAGAAACAAGAGGGCUGCAAGAGUUUUAAGGGUGAGUUUUUGUCAUAGGUAUAAUGCUAAAUCAGUCACUCAACCACAGCAACAAAACUCAAGUGCAGCUACCAUGCAACAGACAUUUAAUGCUCCACCUCAAUCCAGUCAGACAGGGAGUUAUCAACCUCCUCCACUCAGUCAGACCUCAAGUCAGCAACCAGGUCAGACAGCAAGUCAGCAUCCAGGUCCAUCCAGCCAAACAUCAACUCAUCAGCCUCAAACAUCACUCCCUCCAAAACUCAGACCCAAAUUGCAGACAACAAAGAAACCAGUGUGGCAUAUUUAA